GCGAGGGAGCAAAGCAUGAGCACCACAAGCAUGAGGGGCAUCGCCCUCCUCGUCGCUCUUGCUGCUGCGCUCGCCUCGUGCUGCGGCGCCUCGUCGCCGCACCGUGCCUUUCCGCCGGCGGAAGCACCAGCUCAGGCACCCAAUGCCGAGGCGCCGCUGACAGGGUGCCAUGGCACCGAGCACGGGAAGUGUCACCCCCAUGAGUUGGCGCCGGCAGAACCACCGUCAUUCCACGGCUCACCUGACCACAAGCACCAUGGCCAUCGUGGCCACCAUCGCCAUCACCACCGCGACCACCAUGAAGCUCCGCCAAGCCCCUCCCCGUCUCACCACCCUCCACCGCCCCCUCACCACCACGUGCCGCCACCCCAUUCCCCACCCCCUACACAUCAUUCACCGCCACCACCUUCUCACCAUGCUCCACCGCCCGCUGCUCACUACGCGCCAUCGCCUUCUCACCACGCGCCACCGCCUCAUUCCCUACCCCAUGCGCCACCGCCCCCUCACCACCACGCGCCACCGCCUCAUUCCCUACCCCAUGCGCCACUGCCCCCUCACCACCAUGCGCCACCACCCCAUUUCCCACCCCCUACAUAUCAUUCACCGCCACCACCUUCUCACCAUGCUCCACCGCCCCGUGCUCACUACGCGCCACCGCCUCAUUCCCUACCCCAUGCGCCACUGCCCCCUCACCACCAUGCGCCACCACCCCAUUUCCCACCCCCUACACAUCAUUCACCGCCACCACCUUCUCACUAUGCUCCACUGCCCCCUGCUCACUACACGCCACCGCUUUCUCACCAUGCGCCACCGCCUCAUUCCCCACCCCAUGCUCCCCAUGCGCCACCGCCCCCUGCUCACUACUCGCCACCACCUCAUUUUUCACCCCCUGCCCACCACACACCACCACCACCACCUCACCACUCGUCGUCACCCCCAGCACACCACUUGCCACCCCCACCUCCAUCCCGCUACCCACCGCAUGUCCCAGCACCUCCACCGCACAAGCAGUCGCCGCCACCACCUUCUCAUGGCAAGGCGCCGCCACCGCAUGGUCAUAGGAAAUUCCUGCCACCAAUGCGUUCACCAUAUUCAGCUAUAGCACCCUCACCUGCUGAUUACAGUGCCAUCCCACCAUCUGAGCAAGCUCCCAAGCUCCCAUACCAUGCAGCCCCUAGUAACGCGCCUCUGCCAGGUCAAAAUGGAGCAUCACCUCCGUGGUAUGUUUGACGCUAGAACCAAGACAUACACAUACACACUUACCUGAGUUAUUAGUAAGAUGAUUGCAGUUGAACUUUGCACAAGAGAUCAAAAUCUCAAUAGCUACUUCUGAGGGCAGCCUUGGUUUUUUUUCCCGUUAUUCUCCAUUUCCAGUAAGAAGAUUACUUAAUCAAUUAUGUACCUCUUGAAGUCAUGUUGUUCUUGGAGUCCUAUAUCAGAAUGUAUCUUUGUCAGAGUCCUAUAUCAGAAUGUAUCUUUGUCAGUUGGUGUCUA